AUGCCAGAGCGAAUGACAGCAGCGCUAGCUGCGCAACUGGUAUCCUCGCCUCUGAAGUACGUGCUGCUCGAUAUUGACGGCGUCAUCUGGUGCGGCGGGCACGUGAUCGACCGUGUACCAGAGACGCUGCAGUACCUGCGCGGCCAAGGCAAGCGAAUCCGCUUUCUCUCGAACAACGCGUCGCUAUCUCGCGAGCAGCUGAUGCAGAGCCUCAAGGCUAAGGGAAUCGAGGGCGUGACAGUGAAAGAGUGCUACAACAGCGCGUACACUGCGGCGCUGCGGCUGAAGCAGCUGCUGGGUAAGCCAGACGUGCCUGGCGAGGAGCCUCUAGUGCACGGGAAUGUGUUCGUGAUUGGUGAGCAGGGGCUGCAUGACGAGCUGCAGCAGGUACUUGCCCCGGGGUUCAUCACUUACGGCGUGGAGCUGCACGAUGCAGAGCGUGCUGGAGGAUACGACACGGAUGCGCUUGGCAGCGCGUGGCGCGUUCCGUCCCUGCCGCCGCCGCGGAAGCGCCUGGUGGUGUGCAAUGGCAAAGCAUGCCGCAUGGUGCAGGCCGACGCGAACAACACGGAGAAGAUUUCGCUCUCCGACCUGAACGCCGCUGCUGUCGUCGUUGGGCUCGACAAGCAUUUCAAUAUGCUCAAGCUGGCGUACGGGUCACUUGUUCUGCAAGGUCCACCUCAGGACCUGCGCGAAGAGUCGUACACGCCGCCAUUGUUCCUAGCCACGAACGAGGACCCUCAGCUGCCGGUCGGUCGCGAUGCCGCCAUGAUCCCAGGCGCUGGGUCCAUGGUGAACGCUCUGUGCACCGCUGUCGGAAAGCGGCCGGACGCCGUGUGUGGGAAGCCUCACAAGGACAUGGCGGAUAUAUUGUUCGAGGCCGAGGGUAUCACGAAUCCGCGAGAGGAGUGCAUCAUGAUCGGUGACCGGCUAACCACGGACGUGGUGUUUGGCAAUGCGGCCGGAUGCCAGAGCAUGCUCGUGCUGAGCGGCGUCGAAGGGUUGACGGAUGUGGAGGAGGCAGAGAAGCAAGGCAAGACAACUCUGGUGCCAAAAUACGUUGCCGAGUCUCUCGCCUGCUUCUUGCCAUCAUGA